AUGAAGGCUGUUCGAAACCUGUUGAUUUAUAUAUUUUCCACCUAUCUUCUGGUUAUGUUUGGAUUAACUGGUGCCCAAGAUUACUGGUGUUCCACUCUGGUCAAGGGGGUAAUCUAUGGAUCCUAUUCUGUGACUGAAAUGUUCCCUAAGAACUAUACAAACUGUACAUGGACACUGGAGAACCCAGACCCGACCAAAUACAGCAUCUACCUGAAGCUAUACAAACAAGACCUAAGCUGCUCAGAGUAUUCUCUGCUCUCCUAUCAGUUUGAUCACUACUCUCACGAAAAGAUUAAUGCCUUGCUCAAGGUUAACGAGUCAAUAGUGUACUUGUGUGAUUCCAAGAAUAUUUAUGUAUUUUUGCUCUACGACAAGAAUUUUGUUCAGCUGCGGAGGGUUUUCCCCUCCGAUUCAAAUGGAUUGACGCCACAGAAGCUGGAAGAAGAGGAGAAGUCCAUUGUGGAGUUCUUGGUAUUGAAUAAGGCCAGCCCUAGCCAGUUUGGGUGUCAGGUGCUUUGUACAUGGCUGGAAAACUGCCUGAAAUUAGAGAAGGGCACGGUGGAGACGUGUGGCAUCGUCUACACAAAGUGCACGUGUCCGCAGCAUUUAGGAGACGGAGAAUCCGAGAGCAUGCUUAUGCUCAACAAUGUGGUUUUACCGCUCAACGCCCAAACGGAGGGCUGCUUGUCACCUCAACUGCACGCAGGCCAGGUCUGCAAUCUGAGUGCCGAAGUGAAGCGGCCUCCUAAAGAAGAAUAUGGAAUGAUCGGAGAGCAUACAGUAAAAAGUCAGCGGCCAAGAUCAGUUCAUGACACAAAGGCCCUGCAGGAGCAAGCUGAAUCUGCUAAAUUUAUGGCACAAACUGGUGAAUCAGGUGCAGAGGAGUGGUCCCAGUGGAGCUCUUGCUCUGUAACAUGCGGUCAAGGGUCGCAGGUGCGAACAAGAACAUGUGUCUCACCAUAUGGAACACACUGCAGCGGCCCUUUAAGAGAAUCAAGGGUUUGCAAUAACACUGCCCCUUGUCCAGUGCAUGGUGUAUGGGAGGAAUGGUCACCGUGGAGUCUGUGCUCAUUCACGUGUGGUCGAGGUCACCGCACUCGGACUAGGAUGUGUGCGCCCCCACAGCAUGGAGGCCGCGCCUGCGACGGACCUGAGACACAGACUAAGCUUUGCAACAUAGCCCUUUGCCCAGUGGAUGGACAGUGGCAAGAGUGGAGCUCUUGGAGCGAUUGCUCAGUGACCUGUGCCAACGGCACUCAGCAGAGGACCAGGCAGUGUUCGGCAGCCGCACAUGGGGGAUCAGAGUGUCGCGGUCACUGGGCAGAAAGCAGAGAGUGCCAUAAUCCUGACUGCACAGCUAACGGCCAGUGGAACCCGUGGGGUCCAUGGAGUGGCUGCUCAAAGUCUUGCGACGGUGGAUGGCAGAGGCGAACUCGAGUGUGUCAGGGGGCAGCGACGGCUGGGCAUCAGUGUGACGGCAACAGAGAAGAAGUCCGGAAGUGCAGCGACCAACGGUGCCCAGCACCAUAUGAGAUUUGUCCUGAGGACUAUGCGGUGUCGAUGUUGUGGAGACGAACACCGUCAGGGGAGCUGGCUUUUAAUAGAUGUCCACCCAAUGCAACAGGCACGACCAGUCGACGCUGCUCUUUGGAUCACCGUGGUACGGCCUUCUGGGAGCAGCCGAGCUAUGCACGAUGCAUAACAAAUGAAUUCAGAUACUUGCAGCAAUCAGUUCAGGGCCACCUUGCAAAGGGACAGAGGAUGCUAGCUGGAGAUGGGAUGUCCCAAGUGACCAAAAACCUUCUGGACCUCACCCAGAGGAAGAACUUCUAUGCCGGUGACCUGCUGUCUUCUGUGGAGAUCCUCCGCAAUGUGACUGAAACCUUCAAAAGAGCUAGCUAUGAGCCGUCUUCAGAUGAUGUGCAGAAUUUCUUUCAAAUCAUCAGCAAUCUCUUGGAGGAGGAAAACAAGGAGAAAUGGGAAGAUGCACAGAAGAUCUAUCCCGGAGCAGUGGAGCUCAUGCAGGUCAUAGAGGAAUUCAUCCAUAUCGUUGGAUUGGGAAUGAAGGAUUUCCACAAUGCUUAUUUGAUGACUGGAAACUUGGUGGCAAGCAUCCAGAGACUCCCAGCGGUGUCAGUGAUGACUGACAUUAACUUUCCCAUGAAAGGCCGUAAAGGCAUGGUGGACUGGGCUAGGAACUCUGAAGAUAAGGUGGUCAUCCCAAAAGCCCUCUUUGUCUCCCAAAGUGCAGACAUGGAGGGAUCACCUGUCUUCAUUUUGGGAACAGUUCUUUACAAGACCCUUGGACUCAUGCUACCAUCACCAGAGAACCACACAGUGGUGAACUCCAAGGUCAUUGCUGUCACUGUUAGGCCAGAGCCUAAGGCCAUCCAGUCCCACCUGGAGAUUGAACUGGCUCACCUGGCCAAUGGAACUCUCAACCCUCACUGUGCAUUGUGGGACAACACUAUAAUGAAUGAUUCAUGGGGGUCCUGGUCCACAAAGGCUUGCAGAACUGUGCUGACAGAUGCCUCGCAUACAAAAUGCUUAUGUGAUCGUGUGUCUACCUUCGCCAUUUUGGCUCAGCAACCCAGAGAAAUGACCAUGGAAUACUCAGGGGUCCCAUCUGUGACGCUGAUAGUUGGUUGCGGUCUGUCGUGCCUCGCCUUGAUCACGUUGGCAGUAAUCUACGCCGUGCUAUGGAGAUACAUUCGCUCUGAACGUUCAAUUAUCCUGCUCAACUUCUGCUUAUCUAUCAUCUGCUCUAAUAUUUUGAUCCUUGUGGGACAAACGCAGACACACAACGUGGGCGUCUGCAUUAUGACAACAGCCCUUCUGCACUUCUUCUUCUUGGCAUCAUUUUGCUGGGUUCUCACGGAGGCUUGGCAGUCUUACAUGGCAGUGACAGGAAAGGUUCGGACCAGGCUCAUCCGCAAGCGCUUCCUCUGUCUUGGCUGGGGAUUACCAGCUUUAGUGGUUGCUGUAUCAAUGGGAUUCACCAAAACAAAGGGCUAUGGGACACCCUUAUACUGUUGGCUGUCUUUGGAAGGGGGGCUUCUGUAUGCCUUUGUUGGACCUGCAGCUGCUGUUGUUUUGGUGAACAUGGUGAUCGGCAUUUUGGUGUUUAAUAAGUUAGUGUCCAGAGAUGGCAUACUGGACAAGAAGAUGAAGCAUCGAGCAGGACAGAUGAGUGAGCCACACACAGGAUUGACGCUCAAGUGUGCCAAAUGUGGUGUUGUAUCAACGACUGCUUUGUCAGCAACUACAGCGAGCAAUGCAAUGGCGUCCCUUUGGAGCUCCUGUGUUGUCCUACCUUUGCUGGCCUUAACCUGGAUGUCUGCAGUGCUUGCUAUGACAGACAAGCGCUCCAUCCUCUUUCAAAUCCUCUUCGCAGUAUUUGACUCACUCCAGGGUUUUGUCAUAGUUAUGGUGCACUGUAUCUUACGGAGAGAGGUCCAAGAUGCAUUCAGAUGUCGACUCAGAAACUGUCAAGAUCCAAUCAGUGGCGAUGCAACUGGGGGCUUUCCUAAUGGCCACGCUCAGAUAAUGACGGAUUUCGAGAAGGACGUUGACAUUGCUUGCCGAUCAGCUCUCCACAAGGACAUGAGCUCGUGUCGUGCCGCUACCGUCACAGGCACACUUUCUCGCAUUUCCCUCAAUGACGAGGAGGACGAGAAGGCUCCUGAAGGCCUCAACUACUCAACGUUGCCUGGCAACAUCAUCUCCAAAGUGAUAAUCCAGCAGCCUUCGGCUCUGCACCUGCCGAUGGGAGUGGGCGAGCUAAAAGAGCAGUCGCUCGGCGACAACAACGCCGAGCUGCGGCGCGCCGUUUACCUGUGCACCGAUGACGCCAUGCGCCAAAGUGACCAAAACAUGGGCACCCACGACAUGGAGGGCCACCCGCAACAGAGUCAGAUGAUGGAGACUGACUAUAUCGUUAUGCCCCGUGCCUCAGCAGCGCCGCUUUCGGGGUCAGCUACCCUACCCGCCCACCUAAAGGAGGACAACAAGAUGAACAUCACCAUGGAUACGCUGCCGCACGAGAGGCUGAUGCAUUACAAGAUGAGCCCUGACUUUAACAUCAGCCCAUCAGGCAUGGACCACAUGAAUGUGAACCUCGAGCAGCAGUACCCCAGCGCCCCAGAGCAGAUGCAGAACCUGCCCUUUGAACCCCGCACUGCCGUCAAGAACUUCCUUGCAGAGAUGGAGGAGAGCGCCGGGCUCUCGAGGAGUGAGACGGGCUCCACAAUCUCAAUGAGUUCCUUAGAGAGAAGAAAAUCACGAUAUUCCGAUCUGGACUUUGAGAAAGUCAUGCACACGAGGAAAAGACACAUGGAGCUGUUCCAGGAACUGAAUCAGAAAUUUCAAACCCUGGACCGAUUUCGAGACAUACCAAAUAUGGGAAGCAUGGACAAGGCAAUGCCAAACAAGAAUCCGUGGGAGAGCUACAACCCGGCGUGCGAGUAUCAGAAUUACGCUACUAUGAAUGUACUAGACUCUAGCGGCAAGGACUCACUGGAGAUGACGCCCGCUGAGUGGGAAAAGUGUGUCAACCUCCCCUUGGACGUCCAGGAAGGGGAUUUCCAAACAGAGGUGUGA